UUAAGAGACUGAUAAGGACUAUUACAUUCAGGAUUGGCCACACAUAUUUAAGCAGUGGCUCUUGCCUGCUGCUGUACACCUUCCACUCGUCCUGCCUUCCCCAGUGUCUUGGGAGUCAGGAAGAACCAUGAAGUGGCUGCUGCUGCUCGGCCUACUGGCGCUCUCUGAGUGCGUCAUCCACAAGUGAGUCUGGGGUCAAGCAGUGAGAAGAGCGGCUCCAAGAGGCAAUCUCCCAGCACUCGGCUGCCUCCCAAGUCCCUGCUUGUCCUAUGUCCACUUUCCUUUCCUCCCUAUGUUUCAACAUCUUGAAGCUUCCUGACUUCUCUUUCUGCCUUUAUGGAGAGGCCAGGCUCCAAUGCAGCCAGUUAUGUUUCAGCCCCAUCACUGGCCAGCAGCACCUCCCUUCUGUGCACUGUUGAGUAACAGAUGGGAGCUUCUCCCCUCCUCCUUUCUCUUCUCUUGAAUCAGGUCCCUCACUUUUCUUGGGUUUCUGUAGCAACCCUGAUCCGAUCUUUGCCCAAUUACCUCUCCUUCCCUAACCAUGCAUAUUCCAAUGCUCUGCCCCAGGGUCCCCCUGGUCAGAAAGAAGUCCUUGAGGAAGAACCUGAUUGAGAAGGGCUUGCUGCAGGACUACCUGAAGACUCACAGCCCCAACCCGGCCACCAAGUACUUCCCCAAUGCAGCCUAUGCCAAGGAGUCAACUGAGAAGAUGGAGAACUACAUGGACGCUGAGUACUUUGGCACCAUCAGCAUCGGAACCCCCCCUCAGGACUUCACCGUCAUCUUUGACACGGGCUCCUCCAACCUGUGGGUGCCCUCCAUCUACUGCUCCAGUCUUGCCUGUGCCUUCCAUAAGCAGUUUAACCCUAAGAAGUCCUCCACCUACCAGGCCACCGACAAGACAGUAUCCAUUGCCUAUGGCACUGGCAGUAUGACAGGCAUCCUGGGAUAUGACAUUGUGAAGGUUGGAAGCAUCGAUGACACCCACCAGAUCUUUGGCCUGAGUGAGACAGAGCCGGGUGACACCUUCGUGUUUGCUCCCUUCGAUGGUAUCCUGGGUCUGGGCUACCCCAGCAUUUCCUCCUCUGAUGCCACGCCCGUCUUUGACAACAUGUGGGACCACCGUCUGGUGUCUGAGGACCUCUUCUCCGUCUACCUGAGCUCUGAUGACAAGAAGGGCAGUUUGGUGAUGUUUGGUGGCAUCGAUGAGUCUUACUACAAGGGAAGCCUGCACUGGGUGCCUGUUUCUUAUGAAGGCUACUGGCAGUUCACCAUGGACAGUGUGACCAUCAAUGGAAAGACCAUUGCUUGUGCUGAUAGCUGCCAGGCCAUCAUUGAUACGGGCACCUCUCUGCUGGCUGGACCCACCAACGCCAUUUCCAAAAUCCAGCGUCACAUCAGAGCUUAUGAUAACUCCGAAGGCGAGGCAAUCGUCAAAUGCUCAGACGUCAAGUCCCUGCCUGACGUUGUCUUCACCAUCCAUGGUGUGAAGUACCCUCUGCCUGCCAGUGCCUACAUCCUGAAGGAAGAUGAUGUCUGCACCAGUGGCUUUGAGGGCAUGGACCUCGACACCUCCUCCGGUGAGCUCUGGAUCCUGGGUGAUGUCUUCAUCCGCAAGUACUUCACCGUCUUUGACCGGGCCAACAAUAAGCUUGGCCUGGCUCCUGCAGUUUAAGCCUGCAGCUUUCAAACUGCUUCCUGAGAGAUCUGGCCUCCUGCUUGCAAACCCUUAACUGAAAAGAAUUCUCCUGAUUUUUCUUCCUGAAACACAGUCACCUCCUAAUCAUAGUAGAUGCUUGUUCCUAUUCCCAUCCACACUCAUAAAUAGAAUAAAAACAGCUGA